AUGGAGAGAUACGAACUUGUGAAGGAUAUUGGGUCUGGAAAUUUCGGUGUGGCCCGGCUUAUGAGGAAUAAGGAGACUAAAGAGCUUGUCGCCAUGAAAUACAUUGAAAGAGGGCACAAGAUUGAUGAAAAUGUGGCUCGGGAGAUCAUAAACCAUAGAUCACUUCGGCAUCCUAAUAUAAUUCGAUUCAAGGAGGUGGUUUUGACCCCAACACAUCUGGCCAUUGUUAUGGAGUAUGCUGCUGGUGGAGAGCUCUUUGAGAGGAUUUGUAAUGCUGGACGGUUUAGUGAAGAUGAGUCAAGAUACUUCUUCCAGCAGCUUAUUUCUGGAGUCAGCUACUGUCACUCCAUGCAAAUAUGCCAUCGUGACUUGAAGCUGGAGAAUACUCUUCUGGAUGGAAGCCCGGCCCCGCGCCUGAAAAUAUGCGACUUUGGUUACUCAAAGUCGUCUCUACUUCAUUCGAGGCCUAAAUCAACUGUUGGUACACCUGCUUAUAUUGCUCCGGAGGUCCUCUCCAGGAGAGAAUAUGAUGGAAAGUUGGCUGAUGUUUGGUCAUGCGGGGUGACACUUUAUGUUAUGCUUGUCGGAGCAUAUCCUUUUGAAGAUCAAGAAGAUCCAAAGAACUUUAGGAAAACCAUCCAAAGGAUAAUGGCUGUUCAAUACAAGAUCCCCGAUUAUGUCCACAUAUCUCAAGAUUGUAGGCACCUCCUCUCUCGCAUUUUUGUUGCCAAUCCUUCCAGGAGGAUUACUAUCAAAGAAAUAAAAUCACACCCGUGGUUUCUCAAGAAUCUCCCUCGUGAACUAACCGAUGUUGCCCAAGCACAGUACUACCGAAAGGAGAAUCCCACCUUCUCCCUUCAAACCGUGGAGGAGAUCAUGAAAAUCGUGGAGGAGGCCAAAACCCCUCCACGGGUCUCCCGCUCGGUUGGGGGCUUCGGGUGGGGAGGGGAAGAUGGUGAGGAGGAUAAAGAGGAUGUUGCGGAUGAUGAAGUCGAGGAGGAAGAAGAUGAUGAGGACGAGUAUGACAAGCAAGUCAAGGCGGCUCAUGCGAGUGGGGAAGUUCGUCUCACUUGA